CAUUUUCAUUGACGCUGUAUGUUGUUACCUGUCAAAGGUAGAAAUCCGAUUUAAAAAAGAAAAAAGUUAAAAGAAAACUGAGAAUGUUAUGGAUUCCCGCUGCAGGCUUUGUGGUUCAAUUCGAGGCGAUUUAACGUUAGCUUUAGACGAUGUCGAAUUAACGACGAGAAUUGAAAAACUUUUUCAGGUUAUGAUAACCAUUGAAGACAAUUUACCUUUAACAAUAUGCGAUUCGUGUAAAGACGUGGUAAAUACCACGUGGGAAUUUCACGCACAAGUUCAAAGAACACAACAAAUGCUUUUAGAGGCGCUUAAUACAACUACAGUGAUAAAUUGUGAAGUAAAACCGGUUGAAAUUGAGUUUUUGGCGAUAUCUGAGAACUUACCGGGAGAAGUGGAGGAAAUUAAAUUAAAAAAAAGUAAAUGUAAAGCUGAAAGUGAAUCGGAUACUUUAUCUGAUUUAGAAGACUUUGAGAAAAAUGAAGAUGGAAGUAUAACGCCGUUAAAUACAGUUAAAGGUUGGGGCGAAUAUCCUUGGCAAUGUUAUACGUGUGCAACCGGGUUAAGUUCAGCAGAUGAAAUCCGCGAGCAUUUCGCAACAGUUCAUGGUCAACCACCUAGAUAUGCAUGUGCAGAUUGCCCCAAAGUUUAUUUUAAAUACAGUAUUUUUAUAGCUCACGCUAAAGUUCAUCGAAAUUAUUUAAAAUUUUGUUGUGAUAUUUGUAACAAAUGGUUCUCAUCAGCAAAACAACAAGACUCCCAUCGUCUUGAACACGGCGAUGAUCGCCCCCAUGGUUGUUCGACGUGCGGAAAACGUUUCCGAAUGCAAUCUGCUUUAUUAGUUCAUGCACGCUCUCAUCUCCCCACCGAUUUAAAAAAUUGUUAUCAAUGUGAUCAAUGUCCGAAACGUUUCGGAACGCGUCCUAAUUUAAUGGUCCACAAACGAAUUCACACCGGCGUUCGCGAUUACACUUGCGAUCAAUGUGGAAAAAGUUUCGUUCAAAAAGGAAAUUUAGAUAAUCACCUUUUAACACACACAGCAGCUCGACCUUACGCUUGUACAACUUGCGGAAAAGCCUUUAAAACUUUAGUUCGUUUACGAAAACAUGGUUCAGUUCAUUCCGGGUUAAAACCUCAUCGUUGCGAUGUUUGCGGUCGACAAUUUCGCGAACGAGGGACUUUAAAAGAACACGUUCGGAUCCAUACCGGGGCGAUGCCGUUUACUUGUGAGUUUUGCGGGAAAAGUUUCCGAUUUAAAGGGGUUUUAACGACUCAUCGAAGACAACACACAGGGGAGAGACCUUAUUCUUGUUUGGAAUGUCAACAUCACUUCACAAAUUGGCCUAAUUAUAAUAAACACAUGAAAAGGAGGCAUGGUAUUAAUACUUCAGUUACUGUGAGGAAACCGCAAAGUAUUCCACCUACGGGGAUGCCUCAAAGAAAUCCUCCUGGAUCGGUUUUAGCGCCACCUCAACUUCCAGAACCGGUUGUUGAUCAAACAACUACGUAUUAUCCAGUACUUGGAGUGUAUAAUUUACCAGAAGAACUUUUACAACAACGAUUAUAAUGAUUUUAGUGAUUUUGGGGGGAGUUAAUAUUUUUUUUUUAUUAGUAAUUAACAUUCCAAUGUAAUUAGAGCCGAUUUAUCAAAGAUUAAUUGUGUUAAGUGGUUUGUUUAGUACUUUUUUUAUGUACUAAAGUAAUAUUUUUUGUAAUUUUUUUGAUUUCAUUGCUUAUUUAUUAUUAAUGUUAGUGCAAUAGAAAAUAAUUUUUUUUGUAUCCUAGAACCUAAUUUUGAAAAACCCGUAUUAAUUUUUGCUGUGAUCUCGAUUUUAACUUUUUUAUUUAGAGCUUUAAGCUUUUUUGAUAGACCUCUCUUUACACAUUAAAUUUACUCAUUUCUUUUUAAAUAAUAUAAUCGAUUAUGGUUUUUACGAUUGUAAGGUACAAUAAAGCGUUAUGUGAUAAUAAAUUAGUGUUUUUACAAA